UGCGGCGCACGCGGCCGCCGGGACGCUGCCCCGCCACGUGGAGGCGGGAUGCACGGCUGGAGCCGGGCUCGCCCCCCGGCCGCGGCCCCGACCGGCCUCCUGCUCCCGCAGCCCGGGGACCCCGGCCGCCCCGCGGGGUCCUCUGCGAUGCGACACUGCCAAGGAGACGGCCAGGAGAGACCCCCCUUCUUCAAGCCACCCGCAGUGACGGUCAAAAAGCUGCAGAAGUGGAUGUACAAAGGACGUCUGCUGUCCCUGGGAAUGAAAGGUCGCGCCCUCGGGACUCCCCCCAAAGACAGCGGAGCGCCGGCAGUCUCCCCAAAUCCCGGCGUCUUGAAAGGGCAUGACAGCCCACUCCUGGCCGUGCCUCCAGACCAAAGGAUUGCGCUGACAGAUCUAUUUGAAAAUGUCUGUGAGUCUCCCAUGAAGAGAAGAGAACUUAAGGAUCUGAAGGAGGGUAACCUGGAGUUCAGAAGUCCUAAGCCGCGUAACAGCAUCACGGUUUCAAAGAAACGCAAUUGGCUCUAUCAGAGUACCCUGAAAUCUCUUAACCUGGAAGAGGAAAGUAAAAAAUCCCAAGAUAAAAGUAAUCUUCCUAUCUCGCCCAUGUCUCUGCCUAAACACCAGCGAUCACAAACAUUCCUCAAAUCCUCUGAAGAGUAUUGUACAUAUGUGGUGUGUAAUGCUCCAAACCCUUCUUUAUCCAGAAGCUCUCCUUUAGACUGUAAUGAGGAAAACGAUGCAGAUGAUGAAGGGGAAAUCUGGUACAACCCCAUUCCAGAGGAUGAUGACCCUGCCUCUGGGUUUGGUGUGGCAAACCCUUCUGCUCUGAAACGCCCUGCUCUAAGUUUGAGAGUGUUGGCAGGUCAGAGUGACCUGACUAAAGGCGACCAGAACACCAACGACUCGCUAGGCUCCACUGAACAUACCGGACAUGUUCAGACCACACAGGCCGAUGAAACCAAUCACGUAGAUCCCCUGCAUUCUUCAGAAUUUACGCAGCAGUAUAAGCAAAGGCUUGGACAUAAGACACCGGAGAGUAUGAUGGUGGAAGACAGUUCCAUGUUGAAAUCUGCCCUUACAGGUUUUGGCAUUGGAGCCGUAUCAAAUAAGACUGAACUGGACAUUUUAGAACCAUCUUCUCCAAACCCUAGCCCCGUGAAAAAAGGUGGCUCAAUUAAUUGGUCUUUCCCGGAUAAAAUAAAAUCCCCACGAACUGUGAGGAAGCUUUCCAUGAAGAUGAAAAGAUUGCCAGAACUUAGCCGAAAGUUGAGUGCUAAAGGAACCUGGAAUUAUAUAAGUUGUCCAGAUAAUGCACCUUCUCUGUCCAAGUGUACCUAUGGAGAAGUUCAUCAUGCUGUCGUCAUUCUGCCUUCUAGGAACACAGCCACAGCUGCUAAGCGGAAUGUUAUAAGCCGGUACCAUCUUGAUACUAGUGUAUCUUCUCAGCACAGCUGUCAGAAGAAAACCUCCAUGCAUUCUAAGUACUCCUGCAAAGGUGGUUACCUCAGCGAUGGAGACUCACCUGAACUUAUAUCCAAAUCUAGCAAACAUGGGUCUGAAAACAAAUUUGGGAAAGGAAAGGAAAUAAUCCCCAAUAAUUGUAGCAAAAAUGAAAUAGACAUUGAUGCUUUUAGGCAUUAUAGCUUUUCUGAUCAGCCUAAGUGUUCACAGUACAUAUCUGGACUCAUGAGUGUGCAUUUCUAUGGAGCUGAGGACCUAAAGCCACCCCGGAUGGACUCCAAAGAUGUCUUUUGUGCAAUUCAGGUAGACUCUGUCAACAAAGCGAGAACGGCUCUGCUCACGUGUCGGACCACCUUUUUAGACAUGGACCAUACUUUCAACAUAGAGAUUGAAAAUGCGCAGCAUCUGAAGUUGGUCGUAUUCAGUUGGGAGCCCACGCCUAGGAAGAACCGAGUGUGCUGUCACGGGACAGUUGUUCUCCCCACUUUAUUCAGGGUGACAAAGACACACCAGCUGGCUGUCAAACUUGAACCUAGAGGUCUUAUUUAUGUGAAAGUGACGCUCAUGGAACAAUGGGAGAAUUCUCUCCAGGGACUAGAUGUAAAUCGUGAACCUGUGAUAUUUGGGGUUGAUAUUCGAAAAGUUGUAGAGAAAGAAAAUGUAGGACUGAUGGUGCCACUUCUGAUACAGAAAUGUAUUGUGGAAAUUGAGAAGAGAGGUUGUCAGGUAGUAGGCCUGUAUCGAUUAUGUGGCUCGGCAGCAGGCAAGAAAGAGCUUCGAGAGGCUUUUGAGAGGGAUAGCAAAGCUGUUGGUCUGUGUGAAAGCCAGUACCCAGAUAUAAAUGUCAUAACAGGUGUUCUUAAGGAUUAUUUAAGAGAACUUCCCUCUCCUCUGAUCACAAAGCAGCUUUAUGAGGCUGUGUUAGAUGCAAUAGCAAAAAAUCCUUUGAAAAUGUCAUUAAAUGGCUGUGAUAAUGACCCAAGUGACUGCAAGUACACUGUUGGCCUUCUGGAUUGUCUCUCUGAUGUGGAGAAGGCAACCCUAAAGAUGUUGUUGGAUCAUUUGAAAUUGGUGGCUUCUUAUCAUGAAGUAAAUAAGAUGACCUGCCAGAAUUUGGCUGUGUGCUUUGGACCAGUCUUAUUAAGUCAGAGGCAAGAGACUUUCACCCAUAACAACAGAGUGUUCACUGACUCAGAAGAACUUGCGAGUGCUUUGGAGUUUAAGAAACAUAUUGAAGUUCUCCAUUACCUUCUCCAACUUUGGCCAGUGCAACCCUUAACUGUCAAAGAACCGGCAGACAGUUUGUCCCGAGAGCAGCAAUUUUCUCUGAAUUAUUUGAGGCGGAAGAAAAAACGGCCCUGCGUGUUAAAUUUGAGUGGUACUGAGGCAUCAGUACUAAGGCAGAGGCAAGCCAGACUGGACAGCCCACUUAGCAAUCGUUAUGCCGGAGACUGGAGCAGCUGCGGAGGAAGCUACUUUUUAAAUACAAAGGAAAGUUUGACUGAUGUGGAUAAUGAUGCUGUCCCUUCAGAAGACCGAGGUAAUGGAGAAGAUGAUGGGAAAAUGGAUGGACCACAUAUAAUGAUUGAACAGCCAAGCCCUGUGCCCAAAGAUUGUACAUUCCAGACAUAUUUUACAGUGCAGACACUUGAAUCUACAGAGGACCAAAAGGCCAAUCUUAAAGAUCUACAAGAUAGUAUUGACACUUUGAUUGGAAAUCUGGAACGGGAGCUCAACAGAAACAAACUUAAUAUGAGUGUUUGAAAUUGAGGGUUUGAUAUCUCUCUCCACGCUCCCCCCACCCCCACCCCACCCAAUGCCUUACAGUUUCAAUCUAAUCCUUCUCUGUUUUCUUGUAUUUCCCAUAGUGAUGUUUUUGUUUUGUUUUGUCUUGAACUUUUUAUUGGGGUUUGAGUAAAAGUUUGUCGAGCAAAUCAGUUUCCGUUCAA